UGGAAUAGACUCGUACAUCGACUCCACAUCUCAGUUGUAUUGCAGUUGUAUGCAAGACACUCUCAAGUAACCGUGUCACAUUGGAAACAUACCAAAGCACCCUCACAGCUUUCCACGGAUACAGCCUUGUCGAAGGAGAUUAUAGACACAGGAAAAGGUAUAAAUACCUCGACGAAGACCAGCAAUUCAAGAAAUCAUCAGCUCAGCCUCAAGCCUCCGAAGCACCAGCAUUCGACUUGACCACUCUCUGUCCUGUUCACAGCUCAAGUUUUCUACCCUUAAAACCAGCAACAUGCGUUUCAUCCAAGCCCUCCAGGCCGGCCUCCUCCUGGCCGUGUCCACCUCCGUCAACGCAUGGAACAGACUAGAGAAGGACAACGCUGCCCUCCUGAUCGUCGACUUCCAGGUCGGUCUGUCGCAGGUCGUCCGCGACUACAGCACCAACGAGUUCCGCAACAACAUGCUCGCCCACGCCGCCCUCGGCAAGGCCUUUGACAUUCCUGUCGUCAUGACUACUUCCUCUGACGAGGGCCCCAACGGCCAGAUGCUCAAGGAGAUCCUCGAGAUGUACCCUAACGUCACUCUUGUCCGCCGCCAGGGUGAGGUCAACGCCUGGGAUAACGAGCAGUUCCGCAAUGCUGUCAAGGCUACUGGCCGUAAGCAGCUCAUUGUUGGUGGUAUUGUGACUGAAGUUUGCACCGCCUUCCUCGCCCUCUCCCUCGCCGACGAGGGCUACGAAGUCUACGCCAACACCGAAGCCUCUGGAACCUUUGACAAGCGCCUCGCCGACGACGCCAACCGCCGCAUGGAGAAGUCCGGCAUCACCCUCAUGGGCUUCUUCGCCAUCGUCUGCGACCUCAUGCGCGACUGGCGCAAGACCCCUGGCCUCAACGAGCUUCUGCCCUUCCUUGACCAGUACCAGUUCGCCUACGGCCUCGUUGCCCGCCACCACGGUGCUGCUAUUGUCAAUGGUACUCUUGCCCCCGUUGAGGAGCAGCUUAUCGCGCACUAA